UUUCAACCUUCAUGCUGCUGCGGGCUCUCGCUCAUAAACAGAGUCCACGCGGCGUCAGCACUUACGCUCACCAUAUAGGGAGGAGAGUCUUUUUCCGUACAAUGUACACCAGGAAGCAGGCUCACAUGCCUGCGACUGCCCUACGGCGGUUGCAACACCUGCAGGCAGCAUUAAACCCUAGAUCCUUAUCAACCUCAGCAAGCCAAGAUUCUUCCACCGGAGGCUUGGAAGACGAUGGGUCCCGCGUGUGCAUUGGGAACGUCUGCGUUCCGGUUGUCGAUGCACAGGCACCACAUAGGGUGCCAAUAGAGAGUCUGUUAGAUCUGACUAGACAGGAUGUCUUGGAACACUUGCAAUGGAUGAUGCGAAAAGACACACUUGGGCAGGACAUGUUCCUUAUUGGACCACCUGGGCCAUUAAAGCGACACCUCGCCUUAACAUACCUCCAUUUAACGAAUCGAGAACACGAGUACGUUGCCCUGCAUCGAGACACAUCAGCGGAGUCUGACCUGAAGCAGCGAAGGGAGAUUGUGCGUGACGCCAGCGGAUCUGGGGGACUUACCGCCGAGUGGGUCGACGGUGUGGCCGUAAGAGCAGCCAUUCAAGGUCGCGUGCUUAUUAUUGAGGGUAUCGAAAAGGCUGAGCGUAAUGUCCUGCCGGUCUUGAACAAUCUUUUGGAAAACCGAGAAAUGAAUUUAGAGGAUGGGCGACAUAUUGUUCAUCAUUCCCGCUAUGACGCCCUCCUCAAAAAUCACACCCGCGAGGAAUUGGAUUCAUGGCAAUUAGUAAGGGCUAGUGAACGGUUCAGGGUCAUUGCAUUAGGCGUACCAAUUCCGCCCUAUCCUGGAAACCCAUUGGAUCCGCCUUUCCGUAGUCGGUUCCAAGUCCGAUACAUUGAGAGCCCCUUUGAUGGUUCCGAGACUAGGAGCCGCUCAGCUGCCCUAAUCGAAGCGGGUGCCUUGGAGGCGGACACGGUAUCUCGUACAAAUGAAUUGCUGAUCAAGCUACGAGAUAUGAUCAAAACCAUCAAGUAUACACAUGAAAUUAAGGACCAGCUAACCAUUUCGGCGAAUGAUGCCUCCAACUCUGCCCUUCUACCACAAUUUCCGCAAACGUCCAUGGGUGGCAUCGUAGACCUUCUCAGAUUAUUUCCUGCAGAGGCUCAGGAUAUCGAAAGUGCUUUGCAAAGAUUUUGGCCGUCGUCCUGGGUCGGCAGUGCUUUGACAAAUGAUCAACUACAAGCCUUUAAAACUCUGUCCACCAAGUUUAACGUUCCCGUUGAAUUACGGGGAGCGAAUGUCAGUCGUAAGUCGUCGUACGAUCUGACAACCGUUACUCGAGGGAGCGCCACCUUCCAAUGGUCAGGUUCGUCGGUAACGUUGCCAGUUACAUUCGGGUCAGCGCCCUUGGUUCCUCUUGCAUCUGGCGAGAUUGGCAGCUACGGCGGUGUGUUUGUGCAUACUCCUCGAUACCGUGACGUUGUAACGCGAAUUGCACAAGCCCAUGCUAUGGGCCGCGACAUUUGUCUGGCAGGACCGAAGGGUAGCGGGAAAACGACAGCGAUUAUGAGAUUCGCUGGACUAUUUGGUUACGAAACCGAGACGGUUCACAUGUAUCGUGAUAUGACCGCGAGGGAUCUUUUGCAGCGGAGGGGCACACGAAGAGAUGGAAGCACAUAUUGGGAAAGCUCCGGCCUAGUUCGUGCGGCUUUGGAAGGCAAAAUUGCAGUUAUUGACGGCUUGCAUUGGGUCCGUGCUGGCACUAUUGCCAGCCUACAACGACUUGUUCAGGAUAGGGAGGCUGUCCUGCCGGACGGUACUUUCCUUACAAGUGCUGAGAACUUUGAAAGCCUCAAGGAGCGCACUGGUUUGUCCUCAGAGCAGCUUGCCGCAAAACGUGUCUUGCCGGUACAUCCUGCAUUCCGUAUUAUCGCUACGGCUAGUGUCCACCUUCAUCACAAAGCUCCUAAGCAAGAGAUGGAGUGGCUCACCGAAGAGGUCGGCGCGAUGUUUCAAUUCCUGGAAGUCGGAGCCAUGGAUGUUCAGGAAGAAGCGGCCUUGUUACGCACAUUGACUCAUUGUCCAGAAGACAAGGCUAGGCAGUUGCUAGACUUUGCUGCACGAUUCCGAAAAUUGGCGGAAGGUGGAGGAUCGGGACACGAAACUGUGUUGGCCAAAUCAACGUCUUUGUCUACUCGGCAGCUUCUGCGGAUCUGUCGUCGUCUGGCCCAAUUCCCAGAUGAGUCCCUUUACACUGCAAUUCACAGAACGUGUCUCAGCCCAUUCCUUCCUCAAUUGGCCCGACAUGCUUUGGAAGAUGUUUUGGCUGAUUCUGGAAUACAACCCAGUGGCAAAAUCGUCAAGUACAGCAUUGAGAAUACACCUGACACACUACGGUUCGGUGACGUUGCCCUUCCCAAAUAUACGAUCCGCCCUGAUGACGUCGAGGCAAAAGCUCUCAUUCCACACACUGCUGAAGGCGGACCUGGAUUCUUUGAUAACGACGUACACACUCGAGUCAUGAGAGAAAUUGCCGUUGACUUUGUUUUGGGCGAACACCUGUUGCUUAUUGGUAACCAGGGUGUCGGCAAAAACAGACUAACGGAUCGGGUAUUGGAGCUAAUUGGACGACCUCGGGAAUACGUCCAGCUGCAUCGUGACACAACUGUACAGUCGCUUACCGUGCAGCCUGUGGUUGAGAAUGGAGUAAUUGUGUACAAAGAUAGCCCACUUGUCCGGGCUGUGAAAAAGGGCCGAGUAUUAAUAGUAGAUGAAGCCGAUAAGGCACCGGUGUAUAUUACAAGCAUUUUGAAGAGCCUGGCGGAAACCGGCGAAAUGCCCCUGACCGAUGGCCGACGUAUCCGGCCGGCACCCCAAGACGAGAGGUUAAUUGAUCCUUCCCGCGAUAUAAUCAUGCAUCCUGAAUUCCGUAUUAUCGUUCUGGCCAACCGUCCAGGGUAUCCUUUCCUUGGCAACGACUUCUUUGGUGCCAUCGGCGAAGUAUUCAGUUGCCACGCCGUGGAGAAUCCUGACCCUGCAUCUGAGCUAUCCCUUCUACGUCAGGCUGCACCAGCUGUUGACCCGGACGUGUUACAACAGCUGGUCCUAGCUUUCGGAGACCUCCGCCAGGCGUUUGAUGACGGACUUGUCGCUUAUCCGUACUCGUUGCGUGAGUUGAUGAACAUCGUCAAGCAUAUGCAGGCCUUCCCUGGAGAACCCUUGGAUCAAAUCUUGAGAAAUGUUUUCGAUUUUGAUGUGCAUCGAAAAGAAUUCUUCGAAGUCUUGGUUGCUGCUUUACGGAAACACGGUUUAAAUGUGUCUGCCGUCGGGUUUCAAGCUGUUAAGAACGGGUCUGGAAUAGGAGGCGAUAAGGAAAAGCAGCUUGAAGUCAAGUGGGAAAAAGGCAAGAAUCGGAUGCCGCCACCGGCUACUGGUCCCAAACAUGGAAAAGUGGAUAACCAACCUCACGUUGGAGGAAACCAAUGGGCUGGUGGAUCCGGCGGAAGUAAUACCGCAGGUAUUGGAGGAAGGGCCGGGCCAUACCGCUUGCACAAGCCGGGGAACCCUAUCGUCCGCCUCCCAGAUGACAUUAAAAAUGAUGUGCCGGAGCACAUCAAAGCCGCCGCACAGCAAAUGGGACGCGAAGCGCUGCGCAAACGAUUGGAAGACAUCAAAAUGAGCGCUCACGAAGCUGGCGUAUAUAAGGAAAUAUACGAAAAUGUCCGACAAGAAAUCAUGCAGUUGAAAGUUAUCUUGGAAGGAGUGCAAGCGAAAGAAAAGGAGCGAACAUGGCUGCAGAAUCAGACAGAUGGAGAAUUGGAUGAAGGGAAGAUUAUCGAAGGUUUAACUGGCGAAACAUCCAUAUACAAACGCCGUGGAGAAGAAACCCCUGAGCAUGGAGCAACGCAAAAGAAACCGAAGCGAUUGAAAUUUGUGUUUGACGUCAGUGCUUCCAUGUAUAGUUACAAUGAGCACGAUGGGCGAUUGAACCGGAGUCUGGAGACUGCGUUGAUGAUCAUGGAAAGUCUUCAGUCACUGGGCGAUAAAUACGUUUAUGAUAUUGUCGGUCAUUCAGGUGAUUCGGAGUGCAUCGAAUUUGUCCUUCCCGGAAAGCCCCCAAAGGAUGAGAUGGAGAGACUGAAAGUCCUUCAAACCAUGAGUGCACAUUCACAAUACUGCUUCUCCGGCGAUACGACACUCAAAGCUACCGAGCGCGCCGUGAAAGACGUCGUCAAAGAGGACGCCGAUGACUACUUUACCCUCAUCCUCUCCGAUGCCAACCUUAGACGUUAUGGCAUACACCCUUCUGCUCUGGCAAAAGUCGUCGAAUCAGAUCCACGAGUAAAUUGCGCCAUUCUAUUCAUUGGUUCAAUUGGUGAAGAGGCCAGAAUACUGACACGAAGUAUGCCACCAGGAAAGGCAUUUGUGGCGCUGAAUACCAGUGACAUACCCAAAAUCAUGAAAGAGAUAUUUACUGCUAUUGCAUGAAAAGCAUAAUAGAGCAGUGGGAUAUAAUACAGAAUCAUUAGAUAGUUGUCUAUGGUAGUUAGAGUGACCCAUCCAUAGAAUGUAUAUCUCAUGGAGUCUUAUCAGGUACAGCGAUGGAAGGGAAGCCAUCUAAUGGAACUUUGAUGAACGGAUGCAAUACAACUUCAUACGCACGACUCAUCACACUUCACAACCCCAACCAUAACGAUAUUGGCC